AUGGAAGAUAUAAUGGUGAAAAAAAUUGGAUCUGGAGAAGAGACCAUGUUUUGGCUUGAUAGAUGGACUGGUGAUUCGACCCUAAAGACAUCUUUCCCAGAAGCAUACAAAUUGGAAUGCUACAAACACUGUAAAAUCAGUGAUCGUCUCCAGAAUGGAAUCAUUAACUGGGAAUGGAAAUCAGCACCAAGAACUCCAGAGAUGGUUAGUGAGAUUAACCUGCUUGCUUCCAGAAUUAGAGAUUUCCAAACUGUGCAGAGCAAUGAUAAGUGGGUGUGUACACUAGCUAGUGACAGGGUAUUCCAUGUUGACAGACUUAGAAUACAAAUUGAUCAAUGGAACCUGCCUACGGAAGAGACUACAUUAAAGUGGAUACAUGAAAUCCCACUGAAGGUAGUGUGUGAAUGCGAAACUAACGAGAAAUCAGUUCGGAAAUCAUACAGAGCAUCGUCUUCUAAGCUCAACCACAUUAAAUUAAGGAUGGUUUUAUUGAAGAGGAGGUUGAAUUGCUGUACAUGGAAAAGGGGAAUCAGCAAUAGCAUCGAUUUUGAUCAACCACCGGAAAGAAUUACGACAUACAAUGGGCUUGAGAACUGCAUUUUAAAUGCCAACUCAUACGAAGACGAAAGUAUUACAAAUAAACUACACAGAUCCCCAACCGAGUCACCAGAAGAAGAUAUAUCAAGUUGUUGUUCAAGCAACAACCCUUCCGGAUCAUUCUUUUCUCAAUGGAGUAUCAUGAAAAGAGAACAACACGAAUUGGAUGAAUGGGACUACUCAGAGAGCCCACAACAAUAUAUGAGUCCUUCAUACACAGUUCAAUACUCAGACAUGGAAGUCAUGAAAGAAAAAUUUGGAAAGCUUUUGUUAGGUGAAGAUGCUACAGGAGGAAGGAAUGGUGUUUCCCCUGCUUUGGCUUUGUCCAAUGCCAUAACACAUCUAGCUGGAACUGUUUUUGGAGAGCUAUGGAAACUUGAGCCAUUGGCUGAGGAGAAAAAGAAUAAGUGGAGAAGAGAGAUGGAUUGGUUGCUUUCUCCAACUAAUUAUAUGGUUGAGUUGAUUCCAGCUAAGCAAUGUGGUGUAGAUGGAAGAACAUUAGAGAUAAUGACGCCAAAAGCUCGUGGAGAUGUUCAUCUGAAUCUCCCAGCUCUACGGAAGUUAGACUCCAUGCUUAUUGAAACAUUGGAUUCAAUGACUGAGACGGAAUUUUGGUAUGAAGAAGGUGGUAGUAGAGCCGAAGGAAGAGAUAGGAAUGUUAAGCAAAGCAAAAGAUGGUGGCUUCCUAUGCCACAAGUGCCCAUUGGUGGCCUUUCUAAUGAUGAAAGGAAGAGAUUGCUAAAUAAGGGUAAAUUGGUCAAUCAAAUUUUCAAGGCUGCCAAAUCAAUUAAUGAAACUGUCCUGCUUGAAAUGCCGAUUCCUUCCAUCAUCGGAGAUGCACUUCCUAAGUCAGGAAAGGCAAGCCUUGGUGAGGAUCUUUAUAGGGUCCUAAACAGAGUCUCCUCAUCAUCUUCCGAUACGAUCAACUCACUGAAUUUAAAAUCAGAAAACAGUGCUCUUGAUGCCAUUAACAGAUUAGAAGCAGCAAUACAUGCAUGGAAAGAGAAAGUCGGGGAACAUGACAGUGGUAAAUCUCCAGCAAGAACAUCAUCAUGGUCAUUUAAGGAUCCUGUUUCAGAACUUGAUAAAAUAGAGUUGUUAAUAAACCGAGCCGAAAAUCUUUCACGUGAAAUCAAGAUCAGAUUUCCCAACCUUCCACAAAAGUUUCUCGAUGUCAUGAAAAUCCAAUACGGAAAGGAUGUUGCACAUGCGAUUUUAGAAGCUUAUUCUCGUGUUCUUGGAAACUUGGCAUUUAGUAUUCUAACAAGAAUAGGAGACGUCUCUCAAGAAGACAUGUUAAGCAAUCCCGAUUCCUCAAAUGGAACAAAUAGGGAGGAAACUAUUUCUAUACCUAGUUCAAAUACAAAGGCUUCAAGCCACACAUUAAUUGAUAAAAUGGAUAACAUAGAAGGGAAGAUGAAUUUAUUAAAAACAGAAGAGGAUUCUCAUGUUAUAUUUUUAAGCGAGGAAUCCAAUAGAAGAUCCGUUACAUCAACACCCCUUGAUUGCGAGUAA